GUGGCGUAACUCUGUUGUGCAAUUUGUAAUGGGAAUUCUGUUGACUUCUGGUUUACAAAAAUGGUUCUUAUAUUUGAUCCUAACAAAAUUAGGGAAAAGGCGUUCAGAAGAACGAGAAAUAGCUCGUACCAGGUGUGUAGUGAGAUUCAGCAGCAUGGCCUACACCUGAACUCUGAUGCGGCUGUGCGGUUGGAUGUUGAUUUUCUGGGUACAGGUGGGGCUCUGUGGGGAUUUGUGGUUGCGGAUUAUACUCGUGGGCUUACUCACAGCUUUUCUCUGGAAGAUGCCAAGGCAUUAGCCUUGUGCUAUGGGCUCUCUUUUGCUGUUCAGAAUAGCUUCAGCAUUACUAUGGUGGAAUAUGAUGCAUUACGAGUAGUUCAAGCCUCACGUCUAAUACACCUUUGA